AUGGGAUACCGAGUCUACUGUCGCUACGUGGAUGAGAACAAUCUUGAAAUCGGAGAGCCGUUCAAAAGUUUUACAUAUCCAGAGUAUACUGUAGCCUGUCAGAAAAGAUUUGGAACCAGGAAAAUUGGAUUGAGUGUAGAGAGGAAUGGAGAGUUUCAGUCAUUUCCACUAAUCGACAGAAUGUUGAAAAAACCAAAAUACGAGUUAUCAAUGUGCAUAGCACCUCUGUACGGGUCUGAGCCAAAGUGGUUAAUGUUUAUUGAGAUGAUUGAACACUACAAACUACAAGGUGUUCAACACUUCUAUACUCAUAUUCACAAUGCAUCGAUUUACGAUUUGAAAGUGAUAAAUGACUAUGUUGUAACUGGUGAACUAGAAAUUCAUUAUCUAUUGGAAAGAGAUCGAAGAACGGAUGACCAUUGGCAGAUGGUCCAUAUUGCAGACUGCGUAGUGUGGUCGAGAUUUGAAUCAAGAUGGACGAUUUUCGCAGAUCUGGAUGAACGGAUAUACAUGUCAAAUUAUAUGGGAACAAUUCGAAGAUUCGUUCAAAAUGUUGAGAAUGAGAGAGUUGGAAGUCUGAAGUUUAGACAGCAAUGGGUUCUGAAAACCGAGCAAAUGCCGGAGAAGUAUGAGGGAGAGGAGGAGCUAACCGAAUGGAUGCCAACUCAUCGCUGGCACAACUCUACUGGAAUAGGUGCUCCUGGCCAUACUUCUAAAUGCAUAAUUGACACAUCCAAAGUGUUUAUAAUGUGGGUACACAGUGUGUCACAGUUCUUCCCGGAUGGAAAUUAUAUUGAAGCAGGUGUCAAACCGACGGACGGACUUGUUAGACAUUAUCGAGAUCAAUCAAUGGGGAAUUGGGGAGAUAAAUGGUUGAGAGUGGUACUGAGAUUUGGAGUGUUGAGAAAUACAAAUUAUCCGAAGAAUUUGAUUGAAAAACUGACGGAGAAUGUGAAAAGAAAAGCUGAAUAUGUGUAUGGUGUGGUUGAUUGA